UCUCGAGUCUUCCGCGGACGUUGUGACUCUUCUUCGCUCCGCGUGCACAGGUUUAACCGCCACAGCUGGACCACAGACACCCGUGUUUCCAUGAGAGUGCUCGUUUAUUGUUUCUGUCACUAUACAGUGGAAAGAAGAAAACAUGAUAAAGGAGGUGAACUCGUGGAGCGGUUCCAUUGAGAUUGGCGUGACGGCCCUCGACCCUGCCGCGCUGGACUUCCCCAGCAGCGCUACAGGCCUUAAAGGCGGCUCCUGGAUCGUGUCGGGCUGCUCGGUGCUACGAGACGGUCGCUCGGUCCUGGAGGAGUACGGCCGCGACCUUGACCAGCUAGCCGAGGGCGACCGGGUGGGCAUCCAGCGCAGCUCCCGCGGGGAGCUCCACCUCUGGGUGAACGGGCAGGACUGCGGCGCGGCCGCGAGCGGCUUGCCGCCGAAACUCUGGGCAGUGGUGGACCUGUACGGCAAGUGCACUCAAGUGACGGUGGUGAGCUGUGAGCCGCCACCGCCCUCCACGGAGAAAGAGACAAUAGAGCAGGAGGAGGAAGAGGAGGAGGAGGAUGAGGAGGAGGAUGCGGAGGAAGAGGUGGUGGUGUGCGGGGUGCGGGAGGAUGCAGGGAUCACAGCACUGAUGAAUGUGGCAGCGAUGAGUGGAAUGUUGAACGGAGAUGAAGUGCCUGAGCUUAGCUGCAGUCACAGCAGACCAGACAAGUUUCCCAACAACCUGGACCCUGACACGGUUCUAACGGAGCACCAGCUGUUCGACGUGUUCAACAACGCAAUAGUAUCUUUUUAUCGCUCCGAGGACGAGGGCGGAGGAGGGGAUGGCGGAGGUGGAGGAGGGGCGGGAAGCGGCAGCGGAGGAGGAAAUUCAGGAACUGACUCCUCUUCCAGAAACGACAGAGGGAGCAGCAGCAGCGGAGGAGGUGCUGUCAACAGCGACAGCGGAAUAGGGACAACGGGAGGGAGUGGAGGAGGAGGAGGAGGAGGAGGAGCAGGCGGUCCUGGAGAAGGUGGAAAUACUAAUAACAGCCCCGCCGGUAACGGAGGGGUCGGGUCGGGGGUUGUGACAGGUGGGAUGACCACCAACGACGCGCUGCUCUUCCACGAGAAAUGCGGCACGCUGAUCAAACUGAGCAACAACAACAAGACGGCGGAGCGGAGGAGACCGCUGGACGAGUUCAACAACGGCGUGGUGAUGACCAACCGGCCGCUCCGACACAACGAGAUGUUCGAGAUUCGUAUCGAUAAGCUAGUGGACAAGUGGUCGGGCUCGAUAGAGAUCGGCGUGACCACACACAAUCCCAACAACCUGGACUAUCCUGCAACUAUGACCAAUCUGCGCUCAGGUACAAUCAUGAUGAGUGGCUGUGGGAUACUGACCAACGGGAAAGGAACCCGCAGGGAAUACUGUGAAUUUAGCCUCGAUGAACUUCAGGAGGGAGAUCACAUAGGGCUGAUGCGCAAAGCCAGCGGAGCGCUCCAUUUCUACAUCAACGGCAUCGACCAAGGUGUUGCAGCGGCCCAGACCCCCGGCGUGGUCUACGGCGUGGUCGACCUCUACGGCAUGGCCGUCAAAGUCACCAUAGUCCACAACCACAACCACAGUGACCGCCUCAGACGCAACAACGCCAUCAUGAGGGCUCUAUCGCCGGAUGUCGGUCGUCCCAGGCCAGCUCUCUCCCUCACCCCUGACCCAGAGGGGCCUGACCGGCUGCUCUUCCACGCCAACUGUGGCCAGAAAGCUGCCAUUAUCAGUGACGGCAGGACGGCGCUGCGACCACAUGCGACCGACGACUUCAACCACGGCGUCGUCCUGAGCAGCCGGCCGCUGCGCUCCAACGAGGUGUUCCAGGUUCGCAUCGACAAGAUGGUGGACAAGUGGGCGGGUUCCAUCGAAAUCGGGGUCACGACGCACAACCCCGCGUACCUGCAGCUGCCCUCCACCAUGACCAACCUGCGCUCAGGGACCUGGAUGAUGACGGGGAAUGGCGUAAUGCACAACGGAACGACGAUAUUAGACGAGUACGGACACAACCUGGACCGGCUGAAGGCUGGUGACACAGUAGGCGUGGUGCGGAAAGAAGACGGCAGCCUCCACUUCUUUGUAAACGGCGUGGCUCAGGGCCCGGCAGCCUGGAACGUCCCACCCAGCGUCUACGCCGUGGUCGACCUCUACGGCCAGGCUGCUCAGGCCACCAUCAUGGACGACAUGGUCGACCUCCCCCCUCUACCAGAGGACAGCUCGGAGGGCCCCACGGCCAUGUCGCCCGGGAGCCCCUGCUCGGUAGGCGGGGCCUGCACGACCAACGACCUGCGUUUCCACCAGCUGCACGGCACCAACGCCGUCAUCACCAACGGGGGGCGCACCGCCCUGCGUCAGAACUGCCGCAGCGAGUUCAACGACGCCAUUGUCAUUUCCAACAGGUGCCUUCGAGAUGGAGAGCUGUUUGAAAUCAUCAUUCAGAAGAUGGUGGACCGCUGGUCAGGUUCGAUAGAAGCAGAUUUCCCUCCCGUGCGUCCAGGAGUGACGGCCAUCAGGCCAGACGAGCUUGAGUUUCCAAACACAAUGACCGACAUCGACUACGACACCUGGAUGCUCAGUGGAACGGCCAUCAUGCAGGACGGCAACACGAUGCGCAACAACUACGGUUGUGACCUUGACUCUCUGACCACCGGCUCACGGAUCGGCAUGAUGCGCUCAGCCAGCGGCGACCUCCACUAUUACAUCAAUGGCGUAGACCAAGGUGUGGCCUGCUCCGGUCUGCCACCAGAGGUGUAUGCUGUGAUCGACCUGUAUGGUCAGUGUGUUCAGGUGUCAAUCACCAGCUCCUCAGGCCCGCUGGACAACAGCCUGUGUACCAGCAACAUCACUGAGAAGAGCUUCCCUAUCCACUCACCAGUAGCAGGCGUUGCCCACCGGCUCCAUGGCAAACACGGUAAGAACGUGGUGCUGCUCGGCGAGGGCUGCCAGGCCGUCCGAGUUGGCGGUUACGCUCACGGCAUCGUGUUCAGCGCGAAGGAGCUCAAAGCAGACGAGCUGUUUGAGGUGAGGAUUGAUGAAGUGGAUGAGCAGUGGUGCGGCUCGCUGCAUGUCGGCCUGACCACGCUGGCACCUCCGGAGCUGCCGUCCUGCCCGCUGUCAGGUCUCUCCCCCUCCCUCCCGCAGCUUCGCACCAAGGUCACCUGGCUGCUCUGCGGCUCUGAGGUCCGUCGCAAUGGUGUGCUGCAGCGCCAGAACUACUGCUGCUCACUGGACCGGCUGACGGUUGGGAACCGUGUAGGUGUGAAGAGGUGCAGUGAUGACACAAUGCACAUUUUCAUUGACGGAGAGGACAUGGGACCUGCAGCGACUGCAGUAGCCAAGAAUGUGUAUGCAGUUUUGGAUCUGUACGGGCGGAUAACGGCGGUGUCCAUCGUGAGCUCUUCGCUGAUGGAGGACAUGGAAAGCGUCAAGGCGCCCUCGCUGUCCUCGGACAGCUGCAGCGAAGGGGAGGAGGACAGCACCCCCGUGAGAGAGGUUGAGACCGAGCCGUGCGCGUCGGUGCCCACCGCCAUGGCGUUCCUGGAAAACCACGGCAAAAACAUCCAGCUGUCCAACCAGAACCUGACGGCAGCCCGAGUGUCCAGUUACAACCAGGGCCUGCUGGUCACCGCCCAGCCGCUGGCUCGUCAGCAGCUGUUCCAGUUUCAGAUCGACCGCCUGAACCCAUCAUGGACGUCAUCGCUGUCGUUAGGGGUGAUCGGUCACUCCCCCGACCGGCUCAACUUCCCCUCGACAGCGUGUUGUCUGAAACGCUCCGCCUGGCUGCUGCAGAGAGACUCCGUCUUCCACAACUCCCUAAAGACAUGUGAGAACUAUGGUCCUAAUCUGGACACUUGCCCAGAGGGGACGGUGUUGGGUCUGCUGGUGGACACCAACAGUUGUCUCCACCUCUACGUCAACGGCAUGGACCAGGGUGUUGCGGCGCAGGACAUUCCUUCGCCUUGCUACCCUUUCAUUGACCUCUACGGCCAGUGUGAACAGGUAACUAUAGUAACAAACAACGUGCCAGCUGUGGGUGGAGAGAGCGGUGAGACCCGUUGUCAGGGCGACAUGGAGAAGGCGGACAUGGUUGACGGUAUCAAAGAGAGUGUGUGCUGGACGCCCCCUCCAGAGGUCAACCCCAACAAGACCUGCGAGUACCAGGCACUGUGCUCACGAUUCAAGGAGCUGCUCACGUUACCAGAUGGCUAUUUUAACGAAGACGCAAAGUACAACCUGUGCUACUGUGAGUCCUGCCACAAACUUCGGGGCGACGAAGCUUAUUACAAGAGGGGAGAGCCGCCCCGGGACUACGCCCUGCCCUUUGGGUGGUGCCGCUUUGCCCUCAGGAUCAAGCCCCACUGUGAGGUUUCUAACGCACUGAAGAAGUGGCACAUAGCGUAUCACGGCACCAGUGUAGGAGCUCUGCGACGCACACUGGACCAUAGUCAACUGCUGCCUGGAACUUCGUCCAUCUUCUCAGUAUCCCCGGUGAAGGCAGAGGGGCCUAAUGGCUACAGCGAGCCAGAGGAGAAUAGCGCCCCUGGCAGGGAGGUUCCCAGAGUGCGGCUUUCCCCCACUAUGCGCUACUCCGGCAUGGAGAUCUUUGCCCCCAAAGUGCAAUUUCAGGACCCUCGUUCUCACCGCUGCCACCAGGCUCAGGUGGGAUUCCAGGUGUGUGUGCGUCCUGGCUCCUACAAGGUCGGACCUCAGACGCUUGGCCACAGCGAACCCCUGGACCCUCGCUUCAGUAACUCAGAGAUCGAGUGGAUCACCAAGGAACAGGGCGGCACGCUCCUCUACGGUCUGCUCAUCCGGGUCGAGUGAACGAAGAGACGGGAGGAGGCAUUCGGGUGGAAGUGAGGAGGGUCCUCCACAUGGAGCUCCUCAUACUUUUAAUAAACUGACAACCAAAUCCAACCCCUGCCUUGAGUGAGAGACUCCUCUGGAAUCCAGCUGUUCCUACUGUGGAUUGUUGACAAUUCAGCAUUAUUGAUUAGAUUAUUUUGUUGGUUUUUGGUUGUUUGCUCUUGGACUCUUUUAAUGGCCGGGGGCUACGGCGGUUUCAAAGAAGAACAGACACUGCCUGCACUUUAUGUUUCGGACACUCGUGGGCGAUUUUUAAAACUAACUCCUCAUCGACACGACACGUUAGUUCAUUCGCUUUUUGCCACGUUUUUUGUUUUGUUCUCAUUCUUCCCAACAACAUAUUUUCUUCCACCCUCACAAACAGCUUAUUUACUUUUUCUGGCACUUAUUUUAACACUUCAAUCAUCUCUGCUCUGGUCAGUGUUUUCAUUUUGGGAGGAGCUGUCCCCUGCCAACCUGCACGUUAACGGACCGCCACCUAAAAAAAAAAGAAAAAAGACUGAAACGUGGGUCAAAAAACAAAACAAAAAAAGCUUAAAAAAAAAAAGAGUGACAGUGUUUUCAAAAAAUAUACGAAGAAAAAAAACAACCCAGAAAGACACUUGAAUCUGAGAAUGAACCCAAGAGUGUCCUGUGAUUGUGACUUCUUUAGUGGGGGGGUGGGGAAGAUUUUAAAACUGGAGGAAGGAAAAAAAAAUGUUUACACAUGUACUAUAUGUUGCUGUCCUCUUUGUGUCUCCACUUUAGCAAGUCUGGCUACUUUAUCAGUUUAUGUUCUGGCCCAGCAUCAUUUCUUGAACUGGUCUUUUCAGAUGGAAAACAUAAGUGGGCUUUAAAUCUGAGGAGGAAACUGGAAAAUGUGUUAGAAAAAUUUACCCCCAAAUUGUCUAUUUGAGAAAUGUAUGGCCUUACAGCUUGUGUUGAGAGGCUCCAUUGUGAGAUAUUUAAAUAUAUAUAUAUAUACAUAUAUAUAUUUACUUCUAGACUUUGUAGGUUUUGAUACAGGAGACGGGGGAAAGUAUUGACAUUUUGGGUAAGAUGCUUUCCUGUGUUCAAUAUGAAGCUACAGCUAGUAGCUGGCUAACUAAGCUUAGCAUAAAGACUGUAAACAAGGGGAUAAAGCUACUUUUGUUCUCCCUUAACCUACUUAACAGCUCUCCCGAAGCUCACGAAUUAAAACUAUAUAUACUUUAUAUAUGUAUAUAUAAUAUUUUGUUUGUUUAAUCCAUCCAAACGGCGUUUUUAAAAAGGAGUCAGUUGUCCGUUUUAACAGUUCUUGGCUGGGAUCGAGUUGCAAGGCAACCGUUUGGGGACUCUCCGUCGGUUGCCUGGCAACCAUUUGAUAGUCUACGUCGGUUUCCUGGCAACCAUUCGGCAGUCUACGUCGGCUGCCUGGCAACCAUUCGGCAGUCUACGUCGGUUGCCUGGCAACCAUUCGGCAGUCUACGUCGGUUGCCUGGCAACCAUUCGGCAGUCUACGCCGGCUGCCUGGCAACCAUUCGGCAGUCUACGUCGGUUGCCAGGCAACCAAGAAAGUUCCGGCACACAUACACGCUGUAAAAAAGCAUAUUUCGGAUUUGACUGUCGUUUUAUUGUACGGAUUAAACAAAUUAGACAUAAUGUGUUAAUUAGUGAGCGUUGAGAGGUGCUGUAAGGUGGAGUUUGUUACCUUGUGGAGAGAGCUAGGCUAACUGUUUACCCCCUGAGCUGACAGUCUCCUGGCAAUAGCUUCAUACAGCUAAGAGGGUAGCAUCUUCUCAUCUCAUAAGGCAAGAAGUGAAUUUCCUCAACCUGUUUGUAAAGAUUGUUAAAAAGGACUGAAGCCAAAAGGUUUAAGUGGUUUUCCCCACGUCACUUCCUCCCACUCAUCGUUUACUAAACCCCCCCUCACACCAUCAUGUCUGGCUCUGUUUACCUGGCAGGACCUCCCAAAGCCAAGGAGGAGUUCAAGGUCAUCAGGAGGGUGAGUCCUAUACAUCCCAUGACCUUCGGUUACGCUGGUGUUUACAUGUGAAUGUUCAUUAAUUUAGGGCUCUUUUAUUUUCAACUAACAUCAUUUACAUUCGUCAAAUGUUUAUACAAAUGGGUUUUAUUUGAUCCAGAAACAUCUGCCUAAUGGUUGAUUGUAUGUGAAAAGCUUCUCUUUUUGUUUUUUUUCUGUUGCCAAUUUGAUAAACCUGCUCACAGACACAUGAAACCCCUGACAUUUUUCAGAAAAAAAAGGCACAGUUUUGAUCAGUCAAACUCGAUAAUUAUAAUUUCAAAAAAAAAAAAAGAAGCUCAGUCAUCUUCUAAGAGCAGCUGAAGGAAGAUCUACGGGGUUUGGCAAAGGAAAAACUUCCAAUCAAAAAAUGUGAAAAAUAUUAUUAUGGGUUAUUUAUGGCCCAGUGCUGCUUUGUACAAUUUAAUUUGUAUUUUUUUGUUUCUGUAUGUUGCGUUGUACAGGCUGUUACAUAACAAAUCAUAUCUUCCUGAUUUAUAAAAAAGAAAAAUAAACUGACAGACAGACAGUAUGCACAUAA